AUGCUAACUACUCUCACAGUCUUCUGCGAUUAUUGCGAUGUCUACCUCACUCACGACUCGAUGAGUGUGCGUAAAGCUCACAACAGUGGACGUAACCACUUGCGCAAUGUUGUCGAUUAUUAUCAACAAAUCGGUCACGAAAAAGCCCAAUCCGUAAUCGACUCCAUCACAUCUUCCUAUGCCGCCGAAGGUCAAUCCUCUUCGAAUCCUAUGCUCCAUAACCCAGCAGCUUCGGCACCUUUCCCGCCUUUCCCACCAGCCAAUUUCCCUGGAGGCGUUCCACCACCUUUCCCUCCAUCAUCUGGUCCAGGUGGUAUGCCAUUCCCUCCGCCAGGCGCAAGAGGUUUCCCAAUGCCUCCUUUACCUGGACAACCUGGCGGCUUGCCACCUAAUUUCCAAUUCCCAGUUCCCCCACCAGGAGGCUUCCCAGGAAUGCCACCACCGGGUGGUCAAGGGUUUCCGGGCAUGCCUCCACCAGGGGGAAAUCGGGAUGAGAGGAGAUAG